CUGCACGCGUUUUCGACGUGACGUCGUCCGUGCGACCGUCACUUCCUCCACCAGCCUCCAACUGCUGCCUGUACACAAGCUGCCCUACACGCAAGGACCCAGCCGACACAAAUUCCGCGGCGCACAAUUGAGUGUUUGACACAUUCAACAUGGGCAUCAAACACCUCUUCCAACUCAUACAAGAGCAUGCGCCUGGCGCGGUCAAGACGGGUGAAAUCAAGAAUCAAUUCGGUCGUAAGGUUGCUAUCGAUGCAUCCAUGAGCAUAUACAGUUUUCUCAUCGCUGUACGAUCCGAUGGCCAGCAACUCAUGAGCGACACCGGCGAAACGACAUCACAUUUAAUGGGCCUUUUCUACCGUACACUCCGUAUGGUAGACAAUGGCAUCAAGCCACUCUACGUCUUCGAUGGCGCUCCACCAAAGCUCAAGUCCGGCGAGCUCGCCAAACGAUUCCAGCGUAAGACCGAGGCGCAGGCCGGCAUGGAAGAAGCAAAGGAGACAGGCACGGCAGAAGAUGUCGAGAAAUUUUCGCGAAGGACUGUCCGAGUCACCAGGGAGCACAACGCUGAAUGCCAACAGCUGCUUAAGUUCAUGGGCAUCCCCUUCAUCAUUGCGCCCACCGAAGCUGAGGCACAAUGUGCAGUGCUUGCAAGAGGCGGCAAGGUGUAUGCUGCAGCGUCAGAAGACAUGGACACAUUGACCUUCAAUACACCUAUUCUGUUAAGACACCUUACCUUUAGUGAGCAGCGCAAGGAGCCCAUCCUCGAGAUUCACCUUGACAAGGUGCUUGAGGGACUAGACAUGGAGUACAAGCAGUUCAUCGAUCUUUGCAUCUUGCUCGGCUGCGACUACCUCGACCCCAUCAAAGGCAUCGGCCCUAGUACCGCAUUGAAGAUGAUCCGCGAACACAAAGAUCUCGAAGGUGUCGUCGAGCAUAUCAAGACAAGCACCAAACUCACCAUCCCCGAAGAUUGGCCUUUUGCAGAUGCCCGCACUCUGUUCCUUGAGCCUGACGUACGAUCCGCCGAUGCGCCCGAGUGCGACUUCAAGUGGGAAGCUCCUGAUGUCGAAGGUCUUGUCAAAUUCCUCGUCGAGGAGAAGCACUUCAACGAGGACCGAGUGCGCAAUGGCGCCGCGAAACUACAAAAGAACAUGAAGACUGCACAGCAAAGCAGACUGGAGGGUUUCUUCAAGCCGGUCGAGAAGACUGCUGAAGAGAAGGCGAGCCUAAAGCGAAAGGCUGAUGAGAAGCUUGAGGCGAAGAAAAAGAAGCAGAAAGAAGACGCAAAGGCCAAGAAGCAGGCCAAAGCAAAGCCCAAGGGUGCUGCUUGAGACUGAGACACUGUCUUGGUCAACCAAUUUGCUAUGACUAUGAGCUCCACUUCUUUUACGGAUUCGAUGACAAAACUGGAAGCUGGCGUUUGGGAUUUCACUCUCGUACCGGCUAUAGGAUCGAGUGAGCGUACACGCGAGUGCCCGAGGUGCGUAUUACAGCACCACUGAUGUUAUUGCGAGAUUACGCACCCGCAUAGUAACUCCAAGAGAUACCAACAGUAAACAACUGCCCAAAGUGAACCUGGGCAGAUAUGCUAGUCAAAACACAAUGCCAUUCUGACAU